CCGCCGACACUUCUCUCUGUACAACAUGGAGUCCCUGCGUAAGAUAUUUGCCCUUGCAGUUGUGUUAUCCGUCGUAUGUUCGACAUUCGCCAGAGUUUUUGUUUAUGAUGAAGGCAGAGCUGGUAGUCAGAUAGCAAGGACAAAACGCCAAGUGUCCAAAGAGUACACCUUCGACCAAAACAACGCUCCAAUCCUGGAAUGGGAAUUGCAGCGAAGUCCAAGAGCUUUGAGGCAGAACGUCCACACGAGGUGGGGGUUGGGGUACGACCCCAGCGACAUACUUCGACCUCCAAGUGUAGAUAGGCUGGAACCCGCGGAGUCCCAGUAUAGGACUCUGAGGGUCCUUAGAAGACCAGAGGUGGAAAAUCCUAAAAUCAUCUACGGAACUGUGAAGCAAGGAGCUGUAGUGAGUAGACCUCAGAGAUCCUCGCCGGAAGGAUCACCUUCGUCCUAUGAGAGAGACAGCAGUCAGGACGAGGAGGAGGAUGAGGAAGAAGAGGAUGCCGCAGGAUACUCCCAGGAAGGACAUUCCUACCACCAAGUUCCUGCGAGUAUAUACAGUUUUGUUAAGACGGAUCCUCAUGGCAACUUCAAGUGGGGGGUGCACAGAGGUCCACCUACUAGGGGGUAGAUAUCAGGCAAUGCUAGCGAGCGCCAGGGCGUCCCGCAGCUGGCUUCCUCAGAGUCCCCUAGUCCCACGGGUGCCUCUAAACCGUCGCAC